UUUACUUCGUGCUGUACGCUAAGUAGUUCACAGCUAAUUAACAAACGUUAUCAUAUGGAUAUUAUGUCGCAGUAAUUAACGUUCUGUAUUACAUGUGUAUGCAGGACUGGCGAUAUAAGUUGCGGUUCAGCUGUCAGAUGACAGUAAUAUUUGUACUGUCGUAGAAUAUAUUGAUGAACUAAGUCAAACAGCCAAAUUGAUAUGCAUCAGUGCCCUUGUCUGAAACUGCAAUAGCCCGAGGCGUUGAAUAGUUCUGAUUAUGCUGCUUAUUCAGUAUUUUAUUUCGUAGGUGUUGUGUGUCAUUUUUGUUAAGAGGCAAAAAUAAGUAUCUAUUUUGCGUGUGUGCGACAAGAUAGAAUAAUUUUUGUGGAAUAGUAAAGACAGUAGCCAUACAUUGUUCACCAACGCAACAUUUCAAACGUGCAGUGACAAAAUAUGGGGAGCAGUCAGCUGUACAGUUUGUCUUGGGGAGAGUUUGGUACGUCGCUUGUAUCUGCCGUUCAGCUUCUGAGAUGCCAUGGAGAUCUUGUUGAUGUGACGCUGGCAGCUGGUGGCCGCAGUUUUCCCGCACAUAAAAUAGUCCUCAGCGCAGCAAGCCCAUUUCUUCUGGACCUUCUGAAGAGCACACCUUGUCAGCAUCCUGUGGUCAUGCUUGCUGGAGUGACAGCGCACGAUCUGGAAGCUCUGCUAGAAUUUGUGUAUCGGGGAGAGGUUAGUGUGGAUCCGAACCAGUUGCCGUCUUUGCUUCAGGCAGCUCAUUGUCUGAAUAUUCAGGGCCUGGCGCCAGGGACCUUAAAUGCAGAGACUAUGUACAGCUUGCAUAAACUUGAUGAUAUGCAUCCUUCUCCUGCAUCUCAUGAAGCUCUGUCGAGAGAUGUCAUUAACUCCUUUUUACCGAUAAGGAGGAAGAGAAAAACAAAACGAAGAGAAUCUACAGGAAAUGCCUCAAGCACAGGGUCUAGUGGCUCGAAGUGGGCCCGUCAUGAUAGUCUCUCUGCAGAUUCAGAAAAUCAGCCAGCUAAUCACCAUCAGAAUUCAUCGCAUUCAUCUCACAUACCAGAGUCCGAUGUCCUCUCUAAUCCGGAUACACGUAAGAAUGACGACGGUGAAAGCAGUAAUCAAUCAGCGGAUGAAACAGGAGUGUCGCCUGCGUCGGGAAGUGGCGGCACGAAGAUCCGAGGGGCUUCAGACCAGCCGGGCGCGUGCCCACUGUGUGGAGCACUGCUGCGCCAGGCACGCAACCUGCGACGGCACCUGCUGACGAGCUGCAAGUACCGCAUGUCGGUUGGUCCCGGAGGGGGUCCAGGUGUCGGUGUUGGGGUAGGAGCAGCCUACUCCCAGCAGCCAUCUGCCCUCGAGCCUGAAGUGCAGCUGCAGCAGCCCGCUACGUUUGCAUCACUCCUGCCCGUAGCACUGCCCCAGCCUGGCCGUCCUUCCAGCCCACUGCGACCACUGUCUCUGCAGGGGCAACACCACCAUCCCCAUCACCAACAGCAGCAGCAGCCGCCGCCGCCGCAACAGCAGCAGCAGCAGCAAGAACAGCAGCAGCAACAGUCAUCCCAUCAGCAUCACCACCAGCAGCAACAGUCAACCUCACAGUCACAGGCUCAGGAAGACACUCCGAUGCGAACAGUGCUCCUCCACGUGCAGCAUUCACACCAGUCCUCACAGCAGCUGCUGCCGCUGCCACCCGAGGAACGCUCCGUCCAGCUGCCGCUACCGGUGCCACUGCUCGCCCCUCUGCACCAUCAUCAUUCUCCACAGCAGCGACGACAGGAGACGGCCUGUGAGCAGAUAGUGUGCAAAGUGUCCCCCGUGCCCUCGCCGUCGCCUGGUCCCUCCGCACCUUGCGCUGAUUUGGUGUCUCCUUCAGCAGUGGAGUGCCGCAGGGUAGCGGGCACGCCACCCAUAGCACAGCAGAGUCAGCAGUGAGAAUCGUACUCCCUUACUUUUUGAGGCUGCGGGAACUCUGCAUUUCUCAGGCUCCUUCUCUUUCUGAGAUCACAAAUUACUUCCUUUUUGUGUGUCAUUUCCUGUGACUCAUUUUGGAUGGUUCAGCUACAUCAUGUGCACACUAGGAAGUCUCUCAGUGAGGUUGCUGGUGGGCGUAACUGAAUUUAUAAAAAUUCAAUGGUAUUGCUAAAGCUAACUAGCAGAAAAUACUUUUCAGUGGGUGUACACUUAAAAGCAGAAGCAAUAUAUGGAGCUAAUGAUCACCGAAAUACUGCAUGUAAUUGAGUUUGAAGUAAUGCUAUUUAUUAUAUUUCUGUGUAUUUUCGUACUUCUGUGUGUGUCCAUCAGUAGUACUACCUCUUGAAGUUAAAGCCAUUCUGUCUCCUUGUCAUGUUAAUUAUUGACAUGUCAAACACAAAAUUCUUGGUUUGACUGC